CGCCCUCUCCUUGCUGGGCUUAAACUAUGGCGGCUCUUCGAGGCUUGAGAGCAACGAGCGGGGCGGGUCUUCUACUGCUGAGGGGCCGCCCAGGAGCGGCUCCGGCAGUGCGCUCCGCUCGCCAUUUGUGGGUUUCCUCCCUCCGGUAUACCGAGGAUCAGAAGAGACCUCCGGCAUCAUUUGUACACACUGACCCCCCAAAACCUGAAGAGCCCCACUCCCCGCCUCCCAGGUACACGGAUCAGGGCGGAGCCGAGUCUGAAGGCUACGAGAGUGAGGAGGAGCUUCAGCAGCGCAUUCUGUCUGCCGCCAUUGGCUUUGUGCCGCAGUAUGGGUGGAGCUCCGAGGCCAUCGCUGAGGGCGCCAAGGCUCUGGACCUAUCCGUGGCUGCAGCUGGAAUGUUCCAGAAUGACGGGAGCGAGCUGGUUCUUCACUUCCUGUCCCAGUGCAACGCCAACCUGGUGCAACUGCUGGAGGAGGAGCAGAGGGUGGUGCAGCUGGGCAACGCCGAGAAGAAGCAGACGGCCCUUUUCCUGAGAGACGCCAUUGAAGCUCGGCUGAGGAUGCUCAUCCCCUAUGUAGGACAAUGGCCUCAGGUACAGCCGGGCCUAUGGGGGCGGG